AAGCAGAUGCCAAUCUAAUAGAACAAAACCGUAAAGUGAGAAAGUUACCAGGGGCUGCCAUAAAUGAGAUCAGAGGAUAGAUAUGUGAAAUCAAUCCAGUUGCCCAGCGUCUCCGCAGUUCAUCAUUUUUUAGAAUAACUCGAGAACGACAUGCAGGGGGGCGUCAGAUUGACUGUUUGUCUGUCACAAUCCCUGAUGAGUCCAGAUUCGUAACCUCCCUCUUUGGUUAGGUCUAAGCAACAUCUGUUGGGAACAUGAUCAACAGUAUUCUCUCGACAUGUGAGUGGGCCCGCAUGAUAGAUGGCGAGCCUUAAAGAGCAUAUUAUUUUGAUCAGGUUGAUCGAACCGUGACCAAACAAAAGGGGUCAUCCCAUCUUGAAGGGCAAGUUUCUCAGUGAUCAGGAGAAUGGAUGUAGGACAUGUAGAAGGAGGAGGUACGGGCUAGCGCUGGUGCCGAAUCAUCCUGGAAAGGCUGCCCUCGAGGGACAAGCCUAGACAACGGUGGGAGGUGUCACAACAACAGAAUUGGACAUAGGAAGAACAGGCUUGCAGCAUUUGGAUUACGAUGGAGCUACUCUCAAAUGCUAAUUUCUCGACCUUAGACACCUGCAAGCUCAUUAACUUGAUCUACGCUACUGCGCACAAUGCAAGGGUGCACAGGCAAACCUGCAUUGAAUUUGCAAGCUACCUCAGCAUUAUAAAUAAUUUACUCUCAUCUUUGCACCAAUCGCCGCACUUUCUCAAACAUCCUCCUGUUCAGGAUGCUCUUACGAUGCUUCACAGAACCCUGGUGAAUGCGUUUCUUCUGGCUCAAAAUUGUGAGCGCAGUAGCACGCUGAGUAGCGUCUUCAGGAACAUACCUGCCCAGUUCAAGGCCUUCGAGAUGGAGAUUCAGAAAAUCCUCUCGAUUCUGAAUCUCCCCAACCUCCAUCUCAACUGGCACAUAACCUACAAUGACACGAAUACAGUUUACCAAGCACCUCCAGAAAGAACUCCGGCCACAUUCUUGACACAAAAUCAGAGUUUUCCUGCCUAUGGUACAAGGCAUCGUGCGCUCCCAGCAAGAAGCUCAAGCGCAUCACCAACAUCCGGUCAAAGUUUGCCUACAUUCCAAAACAUACCUGCCAGGUCUCUGUCCAUCACAUGGGGCGAAGAUGGGCGGGCCUGGCAAUGGGUGUCAAGACGAGGCUCCAGGUUUCGAGAAGUAGCCUACGUAGCUGAAGUCAGGUGGUUAGAGGUGGAGGGUCAUAUGAGCUGCAAACUCAUGCCUGGAACUUACAGAGUAUCGUGGAGGUUGCAAAUGGGCUCUCUCAACAAUGCGCAACCUUGCGGUUGGGAGUCGAACCCAGUUUUGUUCAGAUUAUUCACGGGGGAUCAUCUGCAGGCCGAAUGUGCGACUUUCUUGGAUGGGUCCAGCGGAAGAACAGCCAAGUCAAUCGACUGUUUUGUAAGGAAAGUCGCAGAUGGUUGGCUGGAAUACGAUGUGGGAACAUUCACCUCAAGCAAUCCGGAAAUUCCGGUGGACCUGACCUUCUCCAUGCACGAGCUCAAAGGAAGUUGGAAAAGCGGCCUCUUCCUGGAUGGAGUCGUCAUCGUCCAGGUGUCCGAUCUGGUCGAGGACACUAUGGUCGAUGCGGGUUUGUACUCCGCAGACUUGAGUAUUGGUCUUUCGAGAGUGGUUUCCUUCUCCAGACACCCUCAUGACCUCGAACUGAUGAAACAUCCUUAUAGAUACACCUGCAAUGUUUGCAAGUGCCCGGAGAGCGGAGUGGGCUAUCGAUGUGACAAGUGCGACUUCGAUGUCCAUCCGCACUGUGCCGAAGAGAGUGACUCCAACUUUUCGGACUGUAACUCGUGCCUCGAGUUCUCACGGGCUGACGUUUUAGAGAUGACCAAGCUUCGGUUAUGAGAGAGAGAAGCAAAGGGAAAGAGAUUGGCUAUGUUUCUUGACGUCUCUAUCAUUUGGAGCUGAAGGAAACGGCUCCGAUUACGUCACCGGCGAAGUGAGGAUGAUGAUGGUCUUGCCAUUUGACAAGUUUGAAUUGAUGUGCUGUUUGGCCUGAGGGUAAACUAAGUUUUUCAGGUGUAGACUCUUGUCUCACAAGUAGCAUAGCAGUAUGUCAUUAUACUAGAGAGACAUAUCAGUGUGUAUAGACGUGUUGCCUGCCAAGACACUAGAUGGUCUCCUAGGCAGGAGACGAGAUGGUAGUCUACAAUUAUUUAUCCAUCCAUCUCAGGGAAUGACACCCCUGUCACGUGAGAUUUGAAGUUCCACGACAGGUUGCUGCGAAGGCGAGACACCCGUCGACAACAUGUGCACGGGGCAGUGCUAUCACUGGACAUUCAGAACACCGAGUGUCUGGCAUGUUCGACAUCAUGGACUUCAUGUGUUCUGCUGAAGCUGUGGAGCGGAUUAAUUUCAGACGUUUAAGAAUUUAACAAAUUCAAGGAGGAGGAUAGAGCUGCUGAAGAUUUACUGCAGAGCGGCCUUAUUCAAAAGGUAUAGGAAUACAGCCAAUUCAUGGCGAGAAUGGAGCAACAACAAUGGCUUGCUCCAUACGAUUCAGGUGAGCCUAAAACUCACAGAUUGAUCGAGAAGCUGAGGAGCCGCUAGAAGGUAAGGAGGCUACGCGCAGGAAGUGAAGUCGCCUUGCCAAGGUCUCGAAGGAGAGAAGAUUCGACGUCCGUACUCCUUUCAAGAGAAUGUCUCCAUGUUGGUGGGUUGCACUGGUGAAAUACAUUCACCGACUAGUUUUGGCAGUUAGAAAAAACGAGGCUCGUUAAAAGACAUAAUUUUGUUCAGCAAUCUAGAAACGGUUGCAGUAAGAGUUUCAAAGCAUCGAAUCAAAAUUUGUAAAAUUAUACUCAAAAAGGUAGAUUAUUCAUUCUUUAACUUCACAGUCCUCGCUACUUUCGGUUAGCAUUCUAGAAAAGAUUGCCAUAAGAGAUAGCAGAACAUGUAUUCUAAACUUGUAGAUUUAUAUCUGAAAAGAAAUAAGAGACAUUUAACAAUUUGGAACCAUAGAUGGACGUCCUGUCCUUUAUGUCCUGUCUAUCAAUCAUUUGCUUGUCUCUCUCGCUCUGGAGUAUAAUCUACCGCUGAUGAUCGUCCGUUAAUGGGAUUUCAACACGUUGUGUCCAAUAAACACCGCGCAUCAUGUGCAAGGACACGGGUUAGCAUUUGUAACCACACGAUAUAAAUGCCUAUGGACAACGGAUGAAUCGAAUAGGAUAGAAAACGGGAAGGGUUCGUUCUUAGAGUAAUACUUGAUUACAGCUUGUGGGUUCUUUUCCUUGAAAAGAAAGCCAUGGAGGUAAGUAGCGCAGUCCUGCAGGAAAUUCUCUAGGUAUGGAGACAGCUGUAAAGAAAAUGUCCUCGUGAAAAUAUCCUCAUUUUACGAGCUGCACGUGCUGGUGGAAACACAGACGCAGAUCCAAUCGUUCCAGAACUCCAUAACUCCGAAACGAAUCGUUCCAUCACCUUUGUUUCACAAUGCGGUUCUCAUCGGCAAGAAAUAACUCCCCGAACAUUGUUCGAUCUCGACACAGUACAUCAAAACCAGUUUAGUGCAAAGAACGAAGAUCCACAAUCGACAUGUAGCAAAGAGGGAUACAAAAAUGUCAGCGAAACAAAGGCUUCCGACGUGCAUCACAGAAUCAUGCCACUCCGAAUCACGAACCCGACCACACUUCAUUCAGUCAUCCCACCCCGUCACAACAGCGCCCCGUAAUGUGCUCUGAGGGCAAGAAGAAAUGCCUCCUCUCGAAUCAGAGGCCUGGUAAGAAAAGGUAUCCAGGCGGCCCGCCAGGUCUCGAAGCGCUCACUCAUUUUGUGCUCGUAGACAGCCUUGGGCUGAAGAGGAAGAUGGCAGCUUG